UGAUGCUGUUCUAUUUUUUAAAGUUAGCAGCACACAUCAGUUUGCAUAACGUGCCGACGUCCCAGCAGUUCAGUAUACGGGCUGCCUGCUCAAACGUACCUAUAAAGAGUCGGUUCAGUAGACGUUACGACGCCAGAGCGUGAACACUUGAACAGUGGAAGAUCGCAUCGACCGCAGAAAGUGAUUUUCGUGAAAAAAAAAAAAAAACAAUUACAAACGAUUGUGUGUUGUGCGAGUGAGUGUGAAAAAGAUGUCCUCGUCCGACGAUUCUGAUCAAGAUGAUCAAUAUGACUUUUCAAAUGAACUGAAGAGCAUACGUAAAUCGAUCGAUUGGGAAGUGGAAAAAGAGCGACGUCUUCUCUUCGAUCGUUUUCGAUUCUUGAUUAGACAGUGGAAGGGCCAACUUCCAAAUCUUCGAGACAUCUUUCGGGCCGAAGAAAUUGAUUGGAUUCUCUCGGAGUCUGUGAAAUCUGUGGGACACUUUAAUUGCAAGAAAGAGCUAACUCCACUCGUCCAGUUUGUGGUCAAAUGCGGCUACAAGGACAAGCCUCAAGCUGAUGAAGACGGCAAGCCAUCGCCGCGUCGCACUACACCAAUCCAUCAUGCGGCUAGACGCCAGUACUACUAUUGGUAUGAUAACAUCAGUAACCUCUUCAAAAUAUACGCCAGAUUCGAUGUGAACUAUACCGACGAAGAAGGAUUCACACAUUUUCAUGUGGCCUGCAAGUAUGACUGCGAUGACGUCGUCAAGAAAUUUCUUAAGCUCGGCCAGGAUCCUAAUCUCGUCGCGCCAAAAAAAGGUGAUUCUCCGCUACACUUGGCUCUAGUUACUGGGAGUAUGAAGGUUGUCAAAUUAUUGCUGAAGCGCGGCGCCAACCCUAAUUUAAAGAACAAGAACGGAGAGACACCUUUGCACAUUAGAUUGGAGCAUAUAUUGAUAGCAUUGGAGCUUCUGUGACGAUGACACGAUGGAGAAAUUCUUCAAGAUCAUCGACAUUAUACGACAGUCAGUGCAGAUAGAUGCCAAGGAUAAGCUUGGUAACACACCAUUGAACUUGGCUGUGAGACAUGGCAAGGACAAGGUCACCGAAGUGCUGCUGAGAAGAGGCGAGAUCCUAAUUUAGCCAAUGCAGAGGGAUUGACC